GAGAGAGAGAGAGAGAGAACUGCGCAGAAGAGCAAGAGACAUAGAGAGAGAGUAUAGAGGUAGUUGAGAAAAGGGUACUGGGAUUCUGCUCUAGGACUGCUGCUACUGCUACAGAUAACUUUUAAGUUGUUUUUUUGCAUCCUCCCAGUGGCAUUAUGGGGUGGGUCGGUGUGGCCUGGCUCGCUGCUCUGCUGUUCCUGUCUGCUUCGUCUCAACUGCCUGACACUGACAAAGGCAGGAAGAAGGUUGUCCAUGUGCUAGAGGAUGAGAGCGGGGCAGUGAUCGUUCAGACAGCCCCCGGGAAGGUGCUGACUCACCGGGGCGGCUCCAUCACCCUGCCCUGCCGCUACCACCACGAGCCGCAGCACACGGACCCCGCGCGGACCCGGGUGAAGUGGACCAAGGUGACGGACGCGCUGGUCUUUGAGGACGUCUUCGUCUCGCUCGGCCGGCAGCAGCGGGCCUUCGGGACGUACCGGGGGCGCGUCUCGCUGCAGGGUGCGGGGCCGGGGGACGCCUCCGUGCAAAUCCACAACGUGACCCUGCAGGACUACGGCCGCUACGAGUGUGAGGUCACCGAUGACAUGGAGGACGACACCGGCUUCGUCAACCUCGACCUGGAAGGCGUGGUGUUCCCCUAUCACCCCCGGCUGGGGCGCUACAAGCUCAAUUUCCACGAGGCGGAGGAGGUGUGCGCUGCGCAGGACGCCAUCCUGGCUUCGUACCCUCAGCUCCACGCGGCCUGGCUGGACGGGCUGGACUGGUGCAACGCGGGCUGGCUGGAGGACGGAACGGUCCAGUACCCCAUCUCCCGGCCGCGGGACGAGUGCGGCCGCAAGGGAACCCCCGCCGGCGUGCGCAACUACGGCUACCGCCACAAAGACAGCGAGCGCUACGACGCGUUCUGCUUCACCUCCAACCUCAACGGCGAGGUGUACUUUCUGAAGACCUACAAGAAGCUGGCAUACGGGGACGCUGUGAAGGCCUGCGAGCGGGACGGCUCUACGGUGGCCAGGGUGGGCCAGCUCUACGCCGCUUGGAAGCUCCAGCUCCUGGACCGGUGCCAGGCAGGCUGGCUCGAGGACGGGAGUAUCCGCUACCCCAUCGUGAACCCGCGGGCGCGCUGCGGGGGGCCAGAGCCGGGGGUCCGCAUGCUCGGCUUCCCUGACAGGAAGUUCCGCCUCUACGGGGUCUACUGUUACCGGAAGAACCCGGAUGCGGGCGGUAAUGAGAUCAUUGGCAACGCAUCAGCAAAGACGCGCAGCCAGGUCACCAGCACGGGGCCCACUAACAUCUAAGAGGGGCCAGCAGGAGCCACUCUGGAAGCACUGACUGUGCACCCCUUUAUAUACAUAGCCACCUUCAUUAACAAACUCUUUAUCACUGCCACACAUUAUGACUAGUAUGCAGUACAUUGCACAAUUAUUGAGUGAUUUUAAAUGGACUUGCACAAUUAUUUAUAGACAGAAUAUAAAAAGGAUUGAUUUGCUCAACCAAUACCUGAUAAGCCACCGCUGAGGGUUUUUUUAAAGAACAUUUUACAGCAACAGGGCCCUCAUGCAAUCCAGGGUGAUUCCCCAAGUGCUGUAAAAUGCUCUGAAAAAUGCAGCUAUAGCACUAGUGAUCAUAGCAAGGCUAGUCAUGUUAGCCAUAUCAAGCCCACAGCAGAAUCAGCUAAAAUGGCAUGUGAAUAAAAGGGGGUUGACAGCAUGUGUAGCGAUGACGUCACGGGAGGGGGCGGGGCAUUUUAGCGGGGUGUCAACACCUUAUCAAAUCUGAAAACUGGACUUAAAUAUGUCAAAUAAUAGUUUGCUAGUUAGUACACUAUUCCCAUACGGUCAGGUCAAGUUUCUAUAAGAGGAGAUCUUAAAUAGUAAAUGGCUUUAAUUGGGUUAUUCUUUCAGCUAUUUGAUGGUGCUCACAGUCAUUUUGAGUGGCUCUGGGUUCUGUUUCUCCCACAUCAUUUAUUUAAGCUUCUUCAAACUUGAGCAGUAGACAGUGUCAGCACUUAGGAUCUUUAGCACAAAUUCAAAGCAGAGUUAGUGGCAGGUUUAGAGAAGGAGGAUAAUAACUUAAUAAUGAAGCAGCAGCAGAAGCCAGAGGCACUGGCUGAAGCACAGCAUGAUUGCAAACACCAUAGCAAGUAAUUCAAAUGCUAUUUAAAGAUCCUCACUAUUGUAGUGUCAUGGGACUUGCAGGUCUAAUUGAAUAAUUUAAAAGCAGGGCAGCUGAUUUAGAACAGUCACUGUAGAACUCUACAGCACCUCCUCCAUUCUAGAAUGCCCUUUCCCUGAACCAUGUGACCAGGUCUCACCUGCCUGCCAUUGCCAGUGGCUGGAGUGGAUCUCCUCUUGUGUUCUUCCUCUGUUCUGUGUAACUCAUUGAAGCCGUAGCGUAAGCGCCCAAACCUGAUCAUCAUACUAACCAUUGAGAAAGGCGUUAUUAUUGUGAUCAGAAUUGUCUGGGCUUAAUUCCAGUGACAUCAUAAGUAAACAGGGUUCUUAAUCUAUGACAUCAUCAGCCUGUGAAGUGUAGCACAAAGAUUCCAGUAGCCUGUGCAAACCGUGCAGCAUUUAAACAUGCUCCAUUUCCUUUAGUUUGAAGGUGUCCCAUAUAUUUCUUUAAUAUCAGAUCAGAAGCAGGAGGUCAGAUGUGUUGAAUGUACAAUGUUAUCCGUGUAACAAUAAUAUUAUAUUUUCGUUUUGCUUCCUGAGAUAUAAAUGUCGUUUAUAGACAACACAGACAAACUGGAAAGUCAACAAGGUUUGCUUUCUUUCUAAUAAAGCAGUGCCUGGAAGGCUGCCCCCAUGGAAGAAUGUAAUUAGCCACCUUCUUUUACUAUGAAAUGCAAACGGAUUUGUGGGACGCUGCAGUUUUUAAGUUUUUAAACUUCAAAGCAAUACAAAGUAACAACAGCCACAUAUUGCAUUUUAAAAAAAACUCUAGCUGCAACCAUAGAACCAUCAAUAUGACAUCAUCAAAAUGUGACCUGUUAAGUCAUCUUACUAGUAGCCAUUAAUAUAUCAAAAUACCAUUACCACAGUUAAAUAAUCAAAAUGGUAACCUUUCAUAAUGACUUGAAGAAUAGGGGAGGACCAAUAUAUUCUGGCAUUCUGACUGGCCACCUAAAUGAAGACAGUAAUAUGGAAGACAAUGAGAGAGGCGGGGGGUCCUUCAGACAUAUCUUACGCCAGAAUAUCUUAAAUCAUAUUGAAUACCAAUGUAAAAAACCGAAUCAUCGUGACAUCAUUUUAACAGCAUUGGUGUAUUUUUUUAGUGCUGAGGAUUGUGAUAAGUGUCCCAACAGUAGGGGGCGUUGUUGCAGCGGAUGUUUGCACUGCAGUCUCCUCUUGAGUCACAUGAUGUAAUGACUGUACAGUUACAUUGUAAUCUCUGCAGGUCUCUGCACAUCUCAAUGUACUUGCAAUGUAAUAAUAACCCGUCAAUAAUGGUU